AUGUUCAAGAAUAGCGCCAGCGAGGCGAACUUCCUUAACACCAGGGCACUGAAAGACACCCGCUUCGCUCUUCCGGGAUUCAACCGGCCACUAGACUUUGCUCCAACGGAGAAAAAUAUUUAUGGCGUGGAAUGUCGGAGUAUGUUUCCAUCUGCGCUAGAUGAUAGAGACAUCGAAGCAGGAUUCGCGGACCUGCCUGUCUUGACCCUCCGUGAGAUACGUAUGGUAGAAUUCAUGGAGGGCUUGACUGAUAUUCCUGAGUGGUGGAAAAAGGUCUUUGAUCCCGCCACACAGGAGGAGUGGAAAAAGGCCGCCUUGAACAGUGGCAAAGACAUUACGCUCAACAUGGCUGAAUGGAUUAUUGAUGAGCUUCAAUUUAAAGCCAUGAUCUACGAGACGACAGAUGUAGUCGCCCUGUACAAUGGCGAUGUCACCAAGUCCGACACAAACAUGCCUGAUUCGCUCUUGCGCGAGAUGAGAUCCCAAUUCCAGGUGCUAGAGUUCAGUAAUAAACAAUUACAGUACUUCUAUCCAGGAAUUCUAGGCAAAGAGCGAGAUCUCAUUUCCAUGGCAUUGUAUGCGCUCGUUUACGGCACGACCCGCAUUCUCACGGACAGGGUCAUUGGGAUCGAUGAUUGUCUCGACUACAUCGGCCAGGGCGAAGUGAUAUCUUUCCCAAAGGAGACUGGAAUAACCAGAGAAGACAUUUCCUGGCGCGUCUUGGCUCGGGAGGAUAUCAAGGUCCGGCCUUACAGCCGAAAUUACCAGGUCCUUCCUUCAGACUGGGAACUCCGCGAGGAUGGCCGAUGGCACCUAGCCACAUACAUCAACAAUCUACACCCAGUCAAACACAGGAACAUCUACAAGCUCAUUGAGGAGGCUUUCAAUUGCUUAAUUCCGCAGUGGAACGCCACUUUGACUCCCCUCAAGGACAUGCUCCAUGCCCGUGCCCGAAUCGAAUACCACAAGGCGGAGUAUUACCCAGUCCCGAAGGAAGUUACCGCCCAGGCACCUCAGAUGCAUCCAAGAGAGGCACAUAGUGAGUUUGAAGUGCGCAUGGAGAAAUGGAGAAUGGAGAACUACCGCGCUAUCCAACCCGACGUAGGCAAGUUCAUACCCUGGGCAGUCCCACCCUGGUUGAUGGACAGACUGCCCGAGGACCUGCCCAGUGCCGUUCGCAUUGAACGAGGUGUUGAUAUCAACCGGGACUACAAGGAACGUGGACUGCAGGUGAUCACACGUCUGUUGGGCAUUGAUCUAACUCCGGAGGAACCUAUUUUCGAGACAACCUGGCAUGCCGAGGGUACGAUGAAUGAGCACAUUUGUGCCGCGGCAUUCAUACCAUACGACCACGAAAACGUCAAGGACCCGUACAUGCAAUUCCGCAACAUCGUGGAAUCCGACACGCUCAGAGAAAUCGAUCACGAGCCAAAUGACUACAUCUGGCUGCAGCAAGUUUUUGGCCUGCAAAAUGGCGAACCGGCCAUCCAAUACCCAGGUUCCAUCCUCGCCAGAACAGGCCGGGUGGUCAUGUACCCGAGCACUUUACAACACAAGUUCACGCGCUUCGAGCUGAAGGACAAGACCAAGCCUGGGUACACGCGAGCUUUGGCGUUUUUCCUUGUCGAUCCUAAUAUCCGUAUCAUCUCCACGGCCAAUAUCCCGCCGCAGCGUUUGGAUUGGACUAAGGACAUCCCAGAGACUGGGGACCAGCUCAAGGAAGCUAUGCAAAAGGUGGCACUUGAUAAUUUGAAUGACAGGGGUGGUAUGCCGAUGAGUCUGCAGGAGGCUUUGGAUAUGAGGGUCAAGCUUUUGCAGGAGAUGGGGGAGUUUACUCGCUACCAGCAUGUGGUUUUUCAGUCGAAUGUUUUGAUGCUCUAA